ACGUCACGCGGGGAGUGUUUGUGUCGCCCCCCCCCACCCCUCACCGAAGGAGGACGAAGCCGCAGCCUCGGGCGUCGUGGCCGCCGAGCAGAGCGAGACUCUCCCCGCAGCAGCAGCAGCCGCAGCAGGAGGAGGAGGAAGAGGGACCGAGGCGCGGACUGCGCGACGACUGCGACGCGCGCUGUCCGCGUGCCGCGGGUUCACGGUACGAGACCACCCGCCCCGCCUCGCUGGCAGCAGAGCGGCUGGAGCGGGGAGAAGCGCGGCGGUGCGGUGAGGCGAGGAGUUUCCAACGCGGCUGGAGCGGAAUGUAGUGAUUUGGUUUUGAAGAGUUUUGGAGUAAGUGGCACUUCCAUCUCGACCUUCGGGUUCCGUAACAAAACGAUGGAGCUGGCUCACAGUCUGUUGCUCAACGAGGAAGCCCUGGCACAAGUGACCGAUGCCAAGAAGCCCAUAUUUGUUUUUGAAUGGCUCAGGUUCCUCGACAUUUAUCUUGCCACCGCUAACAAGAUAGACACAAGGCAGAACCAGAACCGGCUGGUGGAGCAACUCACCAACUUGAUGAGCGAGGCCCCUGGGCCACCGACUCGUAGACUCAUCGCUAAAUCUCUGUCCACCCUCUACAGCAUUGGCGACACGUUUUCAGUCUUCCAGACCAUUGACAAAUGCAAUGAAAUUAUACGCAGCAAAGAUGACUCACCCAGUUAUCUGCCAACAAAACUAUCUGCUGUUGCCUGCAUUGGAGCCUUGUACGAGAAGCUGGGCCGCAUGUUGGGGAGCUCUUUCCCCGACACGAUUGGGAACCUCAUCAAAGCUGUUAAGAGCGCAGAGUCGCAGGGUCGAAGUGAGAUUAUGAUCAGCUUGCAGAAGAUUCUGAGUGGUCUUGGUGGAGCAGCAGCUUCGUGUCACAGGGACAUUUACAAGUCGGCUCGUGUUUGCUUGACUGAUCGCUCAAUGGCGGUUCGGUGUGCAGCUGCAAAGUGUCUCCUGGAGCUCCAAAAUGAAGCGGUGUUUCUUUGGAGCAGUGAACUUGAGAACAUGGCGACAAUAUGCUUCAAAGCGUUAGAAGGUUCCAAUUAUGAUGUCCGAGUGGCUGUGUCUACACUCCUUGGCACCGUUUUGGCCACGGCUGUUUUACCCAAGCAUGCAGCAGUCAUGAGGCAAAAUGUACGCAAAGCAACCCUGGAGGAGGUGUUUGAACUCCUGGCCACGGGGUUUCUGCGUGGGGGCUCUGGCUUCCUGAGAAGUGGCGGAGAGAUGCUCAAGGGGGGAGGCUCCAUCCCUCGAGAAGUCCGAGUUGGUGUCACACAGGCAUACGUUGUGUUUGUCUCGACGAUGGGAGGACCGUGGCUGGAAAGAAGCUUCCCCACAUUCCUGAUGCACAUCCUGGGGCUCGUGGCCAAUCCGAGGGCAACUCAGAACCACGUGGAGGCCGUCUACUCCCGUCGCUGUGUGUCCUUCAUUCUGCGCUCCACUGUGGGGAGUCUCCUUGGAGAAAAGGCUCAGGUGGCGGCAGCCAAGGAUAUCUGCCAGGCCAUUACAAAGCAAAUGAAAGCACUGGAUGCAGCGGCGAGUGACAGUAACACGGACAACAAGGCAGGCUCCGUGGACAUGUGUGCCUCCCAGCACAUGCUCGUGUGUGCACUGCAAGAGCUGGGCAGCCUCAUUCUGGGCCUCAGUGCCACAGCUACUCCCUUGGUGCAGGAGACACACACAGGUGUUGUGGAUACAGUCAUUUCUGUGCUGCUCCAUCCAAGUAUAUCAGCACGCUUGUCAGCAGCCUGGUGUCUCCGCUCUGUGUCCAUCGCAUUACCAUCUCAGCUGACUCCUCUGCUUGAGCGAUGCACAGAAUUUAUGAACAGCUUAAAGAACUCUCCAGAUGCUGUUACAGGAUACAGCUUUUCCAUUGCAGCCCUACUGGGCAGUGUGCAACAUUGUCCUUUGGGAGUUCCUCACACAAAGGGAAAGAUGGUAAUGAGCAUAGCAGAGGAUUUGCUUCGCACAGCCACGCAGAACAGCCGCUUGUCUCUGCAGAGAACCCAGGCAGGGUGGCUUCUCCUGGGCGCCCUCAUGACAUUGGGGCCGUCAGUUGUGAGAUAUCACCUCCCGAAGAUGCUGCUCUUGUGGCGCAAUGUCUUUCCAAGAUCUCCAAAAGAGAUGGAGGCAGAGAAGACCAGAGGGGAUGCCUUUACUUGGCAGGUCACCCUAGAAGGCCGUGCAGGAGCACUGUGUGCCAUGCGUAGCUUCGUUGCGCAUUGUGGGGAGCUGCUAACUGAAGAUGUCAUCAGGAGACUACUCAACCCGAUAGAGUGUGCCAUGCUCAUGAUGACGCACAUCCCAUCUGUCAUCAAGACACAUGGUGCACACCUCAAGGCCAGUGCAGCCAUGGUCAGGCUCAGGCUGUAUGACAUAUUGGCUCUCCUCCCACCAAAAACAUACGAAGGAAACUUCAGCGCCUUGCUGCGUGAGCUUGUAGCAGAGUUUACUCUAACAGAUAAUGCUGCCAACACAACGACAUCACUCCUACGCUCCCUCUGCCACUGUGACGACAGUGUGCUGCUGGGAUCUUGGCUGCAGGAAACUGACCACAAGCUCAUUGAGGAUCAGUUGCAGCCAAACAGUGCCUCUGGCAGUGGUGCGUUGGAGCAUGACCCCUCGUCCAUUUACCUGCGGGCGGCGGAGGGGGAGGCCGUGCCCGGGCCGCUGCCGCUUGGCGUGUCGGUGAUCGAUGCCUCGGUCGCUCUCUUUGGGGUCGUCUUUCCACACGUUUCCUUCAAGCACCGGCUGCAAAUGUUGGAACACUUUGCUGAGUGCAUCAAACAAGCCAAGGGCAUCAGACAACAAGCAGUACAACUAAAUAUAUUCACAGCUGUGCUCAGCGCCCUUAAGGGCCUUGCAGAAAACAAGAGCUCUCUGGGCCUCGAGGAGGUAAAACGAUCUGCCCUUGCACUCGUGCUGGGAGCUCUGGACAAUCCGAACCUGAUUCUGCGCUGUGCCGCUGGCGAGGCCCUGGGCAGGAUGGCGCAGGUUGUGGGAGAAGCCAGCUUCAUCGCCAAGAUGGCUCAGAACAGCUUUGACAAGUUGAAAGCAGCUCGAGACGUUGUGUCACGUACUGGCCAUUCUUUAGCUCUGGGCUGCUUACAUCGUUACGUUGGUGGAAUUGGAUCUGGGCAGCAUAUCAAGACGAGUGUGAGCAUCCUGCUUGCUCUAGCACAAGACAACACUUCUCCAGAAGUGCAGACCUGGGCCCUCCACUCUCUAGCUCUGAUUGUGGACUCGAGUGGACCAAUGUACCGGAGCUAUGUUGAGCCGACCCUCUCCCUAGCCCUCACAUUGCUGCUCACAGUGCCACCCUCCCACGUAGAGGUUCAUCAAUGCCUGGGACGUUGUCUGGGAGCUCUUAUCACUACACUUGGACCAGAAUUGCAAGGUGCAGGGCUUCUGAUCUCCACGGCGCGGUCCUCCUGCUUGGUGGGAUGCGCGAUCAUGCAGGACCACUCGGACUCGCUGGUGCAGGCCCAGGCCAUAUCGUGUCUGCAGCAGCUCCACAUGUUUGCCCCACGUCAUGUCAAUCUCUCCAGCCUGGUACCCAAUCUCUGUGUGAAUUUAGGCAGUCCACACCUGCUGCUGCGUCGUGCCGCUGUCGCUUGCUUACGCCAACUGGCUCAGAGGGAGGCUUCGGAAGUCUGUGAGUACGCCCUCCGCCUGGCCAGGGACACGGAAGCCCAAGCUGGUGCAUACAAUAUUGCCAUUAGUGAGACUGGUCUGGAAGGUGUUUUGUUUGGAAUGUUGGACCGUGAAACUGAUCGUAAGCUCUGCUGUGACAUCCGUGAUACUUUGGGACACAUGUUGUCAUCGCUUGCGGUCGAGGAUCUCUCCCACUGGCUAAAACUCUGCAAGGAUGUGCUUGCAGCAUCUACAGAAAUAGGCGGUGGGUCUAAAGUUGAUUCGACUCAGCAAGAAGAGGGAGAGAAGGGGGAUGGUAUGGACGAUGAUACCAUGUUCAAGUCCUCGCACACAGAGGAAAAAUCUCGGCCGCAGAUCGCCCCUCGUUGGGCCACACGGGUCUUCGCUGCAGACUGCCUCUGUCGGAUCAUCGCACAGUGUGAGAGUGGGGACCCUGCCCAUUUUGACUUGGGCAAAGCAAGAGACAAGAAGCUUAAGGAUGCCAAAGGUGAUUAUUUGGUGUUGCACCUUUCGGACCUCAUACGUAUGGCUUUCAUGGCUGCUACUGACCACAGCAACCAGCUACGCAUGGUUGGCCUGCAAGCUCUGGAAGACGUCAUCAAGAAGUUUGCAGCAGUAGAUGAACCAGAGUUCCCAGGCCAUGUCAUACUUGAGCAAUAUCAAGCGAAUGUUGGUGCAGCCCUAAGACCAGCAUUUUCAGCUGACACACCUUCCGACAUAACCGCGAAAGCCUGUCAGGUGUGUAGUUCCUGGAUCUGCAGUGGAGUGGUGAAUGACUCGAAUGGGCUGCAAAGGGUCCACUCGCUGCUGGUGUCCUCGCUGAGCAAGGUGUUGGCAGGCAAGGGUGGCGCAUGCCAGCUGUACAGCGAGAGCUCUGGAACCAUGGAGAGACUCGCUGUGCUGAAGGCCUGGGCAAAGGUUUAUAUCGUUGCAAUGAAAACUCAGCAAGAUGCCACAGCUAAAGUAUCAAGAGACACGGAGGAGGAGGAGGAAGGGAGCAGAGAGGUCGACCAACUUUCUGCAGAUUCUCUGCUCAACUUGGUGCAACCAGAGAUCCCAACCCUGAGCCGCCUGUGGCAAGCAGCCCUGCAGGACCAUGCACUGCUCACUCUACCGCUGGAGUUCUCCAGCCAACUUCCUGCGGAGGGUGGCGCAUUCUAUACCCCGGAGACUAUAGAUGCAGCUCGAAUGCACUACCGGGCAUCAUGGGCGACGAUCCUGCGCGCAGUGUGUCUGUGGUUGCACAGCAGUGGCUUUGCAGUCGGCGAGCUGGAAGAUUUUCCAGUUGCACUGCCUGGCACAGAACUGGCAUCAGGCCCUGAGGUUCCAAUUUGCUCCCCUGAAGACCUCAACACAGAUCGCUUUCACCUCAUCAUCGGUAUAAGCAUCGAAUUUCUGUGUUCACCAAGAGUGGAAGAACCAAUUGAAUGUGUCACAGAAUGUUUGGAAGCUCUCAAAACUUUGCUGGACUCGCCUUGGCCACGAACUAAAAUUGGCAAUGAUCAGAUGCUGGCUGUGGAGCUGCUGAAUGUGCUGCACAGACUGCUGCUCACACGCGACGUGCCGGUGGUGCAGCUGGCUGUAGUUGACGUUGUCACGCAAACAAUCCGCGCCACCCUUGAGCAUAUCAAGGAAAAACGAAGAAGUGCAGAAGUCGAUGAUGGAGCCGCAGAGAAGGAGACCCUCCCAGAGUUUGGAGAGGGAGAGGAGACCGGGGAGCUUGUCCCCGGGAAGUCGUUGGUUUUUGCCGCACUCGAGUUGUGCUUGUGCAUUCUGGUGCGGCAGCUCCCGAGGCUAAACCCGAAGCUCCUGCUUGCAGUUAACGAGGGUCUCGUCAAGCCCCAACUCUUGUCUCAACAUGGAGCAAAGCUUGUAUCUGCAGCAUUGCACAUCUUAGCAGAGCUUCCAUUAUUGUGUUCCCCAGCAGGAAGCGUGUCAGUGUUGCCCACGCUGCUGUUCCUGAUCACCGGAGUUCUCCAGGAGACCGCGUACAGCACAGCAGAUGGACAGAUUUCCCUUCCAGUCGGUGCAACUCUGCAGGCACUGCGAGCGCUCAUCACGUCUCCACUUUCUCAGAUGGAGAAGACCAACCUUCAAUGGACCAAACUUUUGCGUAGUGCUUUGGCAACAGUCCUCGAUUUUUCAAAACCAGGUGCAAAUGUGGAUGAAGUGAGCGUGCUCGCGGCCCUCGCUGUCUUCCUGCUGUCGGCAAGCCCCGACGUCCUUGCUGUGCGCAGCCUACAGCUACCGUGCAUCGAACGAUUCGUAGCAGCUGUCAAAUCUAAGGACCCCAAGGUGCAAUUUAAGUGCUGCCAAAUACUAGUGUCAGUGUUUCAGCACCAGAAUCGGGCACUAGCAGUGCCGUACAUCCACGCAAUUGCACCGCUGCUGGUUGAACAACUCCAAAAGGUGGAACACAACAAGCCAGAGGCUGCCCCCGAGUUGCAGGCUGUUCAGGAAGGUGUGCGUGUCCUUGCUACGUUGGUGGCGGUCGCCGAGGACCAGAACCGAGUUCAGCUCCUGGCUCUACUGGUGCCCAUCCUGAUCCGUUAUCUUGUGGAUGAGAAUGCCCUUUCCGUGACUCCACUGGUCUCCUGCCAGCUUCACGAGUUUGCUCUGCAGAACCUCAUGCAUAUUGGUCCACUGUAUCCAAGCGCAUUCAAGCUUGUGAUGGGCGCUUCAGCUGAGUUAAAGGCAAGGUUGGAGGCCGCUAUUAAAGCCAACCAGGCCAGUGUGAAGUCAAAGAUGUCAGUGAGGGAGUCGAGAGUUAUGACCCCGUCAGCUCCUUCCAUCACACUCAAAACCUCUUUUGGCAAUUUUUAAUUCUGCCCACAUCCGAUGAUUAUAAGCACACACUGUAAGUUAGCAAUAGAUCCAACACAACAUGUUUUUUUACAUGAUAUCAACUGUCGAUUAAAAUGCAAGUAAAUACUAUAGACUAACAAAUAUUUGUGUGGUAUGUCACCAAAAUAAAAGCCAAUAAUUUUAAA